CCCAUCAUCUUAUCCAUGAAACUGAUGGUCAGGGAUGGCUCACUAAAUAACUAGUCCUUGCUUCGCAUUUGCUGCUAGACAGAUGCGAACACAUAGAUCGAGAGAAAAGAAAUAAUAGAGUGGAGUAGAGGAAGGAGAAGUGGAAGGAAGGAGAGUUGGUUCUCUAAGUCUAUAAAUAACCUCUCCUGUUUCCAAAAGCAAACCCCACUACGCUCUUUGCAUCUCUCUUUCUAGAGAGGAUAGAAAGAGGGCAAGGACAGCCCCCAGCUAGAAUUUCUCUCCUUUUCUGUCCUCAGCCUUCUUCUUCACCUCACCUCCCUCUUUUCUCCACUUUCCCAUCUUGUACCGCUGUACUAUAAGAAGCCACCUCGAUCGGCUUCCAAUUUCUUUGUUUCGUUCGGGUGAAGGGAGGAGCCAAGAGGAAGAAGCACUGGAGCGGCCGGAGAAGAUGGGCCGGGGAAAGAUCGAGAUCAAGAGGAUAGAGAACACGACGAACCGGCAGGUGACCUUCUGCAAGCGCCGCAACGGCCUGCUCAAAAAGGCCUACGAGUUGUCCGUGCUCUGCGACGCGGAGGUCGCCCUUAUCGUCUUCUCGAGCCGCGGCCGCCUCUACGAGUACGCCAACAACAGUGUGAAAGCUACCAUCGAGAGGUAUAAAAAAGCAUGCACUGAUACCUCCAACCCUGGAUCUGUUUUUGAAGCUAAUUCCCAGUAUUAUCAACAAGAAUCAACAAAACUGCGCCAGCAAAUAAUCAACCUUCAGAAUUCAAACAGGAAUUUGAUGGGAGAGUCUCUUGGCUCUAUGAACCUUAGGGACCUGAAGCAACUGGAGGGUAGGUUGGAAAAGGGCAUAAACAAAAUAAGAACUAAAAAGAAUGAGUUGCUGUUUGCUGAAAUUGAAUACAUGCAGAAAAGGGAGAUGGAGCUGCAAAAUGACAACAUGUACCUAAGGAACAAGAUUGCUGAGAACGAGAGAACACAGCAACAGAUGAAUAUGUUACACCCGACAACUGAAUAUGAAGUCAUGGCUCCAUAUGAUUCAAGGAACUUCCUUCAAGUGAAUCUCAUGCAAAGCAAUCAGCAUUACCCUCAUCAGCAGCAGACAGCUCUCCAACUGGGGUACGGACCUUUCCUGCAUCACCAAAUUUCAUAGCAAAUAAAUGAGACUCCAUGUUUGGUGGUUCUGCAAUGUCAAGCCCGUUGGUGUAGAGUUGGAAUGUUUGAGAGUAGUUUAUGGCAAGUCACGCUCUCUCCUCCAAAAUUGACUCAUAAGACUAUUGUUUGCAGAGUGCUACAUAUAAACAUUUUCACUUAGUUGUAUGCUCUAACUGUAUGCCUUUUCACUUCAAAUUGCAACAUAAAUGACUGGUGUUUUUCUUAUUUGUCGUGGUCAUCGAAGAUAAUGUUAUUUUAUUGCUAUUACUACUGUUGCAGGAUAA